AAGAAUCAUCCGUCGCCGCUGCUGGAAGUGCUGGGCGCGCGGGUUUCUUUGCUUGUCCUCCAAUACCAUAGAGACGAGGAGCCUCUGUGCGCUGAGAAGACGGUACCAUAGAGAGCGCCGUGUUACUGCAUCCUUACCACCACCAGCUGUUGUUACUGAGAGACCGUCUGUGCGGCCUACUGCUGCCGCUGCCCAGCACUACAGCGCACAGCCCGGGAGGUGUACUAAUCUGCCUCUGUCCGGGGUAAGCCUCUUCUUGCAUCUAUCCUUAUAACGGAUCAACCUGCAGUUAAACUGCAUCCAUUCACGAUGCCAGCCGCUGUUGUAGACAAUAGUCAAGUGAUAUGUGAAGUUUGGGCUAUCAACCUGGAGGAGGAGAUGUGCAAUAUCAGAGAGCUUGUCCGCACUUAUGGAUACAUUGCAAUGGACACAGAGUUCCCUGGUGUAGUCGUGAGGCCGAUCGGGGAGUUUCGAAGCACUAUAGACUAUCAGUACCAGCUGCUGCGCUGCAAUGUAGAUCUGCUAAAGAUUAUACAGCUGGGGCUCACCUUCAUGAAUGAGAAGGGGGAAUACCCACCUGGCACAAACACGUGGCAAUUCAACUUUAAGUUUAACCUCACGGAGGAUAUGUAUUCUCAAGACUCCAUUGAUCUUUUGGCAAACUCCGGUCUUCAGUUCCAGAAGCAUGAAGAGGAGGGUAUUGAUACCCUGACCUUUGCUGAACUGCUGAUGACCUCUGGGGUGGUUCUGUGUGACAAUGUGAAGUGGCUCUCAUUCCAUAGUGGCUAUGAUUUUGGAUAUAUGGUGAAACUUCUAACAGACUCGCGGCUCCCAGAGGAAGAACAUGAGUUCUUCCAUAUUCUGAAUCUUUUCUUCCCAUCAAUCUACGAUGUCAAAUAUUUGAUGAAGAGCUGCAAAAAUCUUAAGGGUGGUCUGCAGGAGGUUGCUGAUCAGUUGGACCUCCAAAGGAUUGGUAGGCAGCAUCAAGCAGGUUCUGACUCUCUGCUGACUGGGAUGGCUUUCUUCCGAAUGAAAGAGCUGUUUUUCGAGGACCACAUUGACGACGCCAAGUAUUGUGGCCGCCUUUAUGGGCUGGGAACAGGAGUGGCCCCAAAGUCCAACGAGGAAGCAGAGGAGAAAAUCAGCAUCAUGUCUCUCAUCAACAACGGACAGCAAUGAGGUGACCUUGAGUCAUCAGUCUACCUCUGACAAUGCGCUAUGUCAUCUUUCUAAUAAUCGCUAGGCAGAGAUCACCCGGUCCGAUCAGCCACACAGCUUCCACAAAGAGCGUUUUUGGAACCAUAUGUAAAGUAAAAGAGCGUAAGGGAGUGACUGCGUGCAUGAGCAUUCUGUCCAGUAUGUUGCAUUUUCUUUGUUUUAAAACUUUUACUGCAAAAUGUCAGCAUCUUAAGAAAAGAGAAAAAAACCAAACCCUGAAUCUGUCAGACCACGAUUGACCACUCUUCCAUAGUUGACCAAUGACGUGGGAACUUUGCACUCAGAUUGUCCUUGUGCAAUUGCAGACUUUUCCUUUGCUUUCAAUGUGGAUGUGUUACGCUCAGCACUGUGAGAUUAGCAGCGGUUCUGGCCCAGGCUGGUGUUUGUCCUCAUUGCUUCUGCUCCUGCCAUUAAUAUUGUCUGACCAAGGAGCAAUUAUGGCCUCUACGAGGAAUGAGCUGGACAAGUCUGAGUAGACGUGGCUAAUACUAUAAGAUUAUAGUGUUUUGUUUUGUUUGUUUUUUUUGGGUUUUGUUUUUUUAGCCAAGAUAAUAGAUCUUCUCUUAUUUUACAAUUGGCAAUGGAUAGAACAUGAAAUUAAGAUAUUUGUGUUUUCCGUAUAAGCCACCUGUCUACGAGUAGACUUCCGAUAUGAACUAAUUUUUUUCUGAAUCAACAUAAAGUUUGCAUUUUGUCAGGCUAAUUUGUUUUGGGUCGGGUUUUUGUGACCCCCUUCUUGUUGGUAAAUUCUCAUUGAGCCUUAAUAUUAGCCUCUUGACUAAACACAGUGGAGGCAGCAGUAACGUGGGCUAUACCAAUGUUGGGUAGAAUCCACUAAGCAUAGUGACGUCACUGAUGCAUGGAGAACAAAGUGCCUCCCUCAUACAUUGGUGUUCCUAGCGAAUUGAUAGAUGGCACUGGCAUGUAAUUUGAAAUGGCCUACAAUAUGUAAUGGCCUACAAUAUGUCUGCCACCUCUGCGUGUACACUUUCCACAGCCAAACAAUGUACUUUCUGUGUCUGCCUGUCAUAAAUUCACUUUCUGAGCAAAGUGCAGAUUACUUUUUCAAAUGACUUUAAAAAGAAACAAAAAAAAGAAAACUUCUGUUGAUGAAUAAGAUUAAUUGUAUGUAUUAUAUUUCUUCGAUCUAGCUCGAUCAGCAAUAUUGUCAAGAUCCGCAGUUUUAUUGGUGAGAUUUUUGCAAAAGCCCUGUCUCCCAUCUUCCAUUUUAUGGCCUGAAAAUAUGGCUUCAGUUCUUUUUAAUAAGUGAAGUGUCUUCUACUAUUUAUAUUGAAUUCAAAGCCACUAAAAUGAGAACAAACACAGCCCCCAGUUCCAGUAAUUCUCAUGUAUAAAAAAAAAAAGUUAAUUAAAUAAUUGCUGAAAGCAUUGGAAAAAGAGUAUUUGCUGUAAGUCUUGAGUUUUACCCAGCAAAUUUUGUAAUCUAUGUCCUAUUGUUGUAAGCUGGAAUUUAAAACAUGUGUAAAUAUUAUUUAUGUUUUUAAAUUUGUAAAAUAAAGAUGUUUCUUUUGGUUUUGG